AUGUCCUUCGACAAUAGAGGCCCCGUAACGGAAGCGGAUGUUGAAGCCUUCGUCCAGCAUCUGAGGAAUUUCUCAUCUGGACAGCUGCUGAGGCUCAGUGAACAUUUCCGGCCGGAGUUUAUCUACGUCAUUGAAAAUGAUAUUCCUAUGGUGCUUCAGGAACUGACAACCAGGAGGGUCAUCGAUUAUCAAAAAGCUCAGAUUUAUGUGGAUCUGGAGAAACGUCAGGAUUCAACCAAAGCUGCAGAGACGCUGGUGAACGACAUUCUUGCUGAGAGGCAAGACGCCGCCCUUGGCCUGUGGACGUGCUUCUUUGCUCUGAGGAACAGAUGGGCUCACCCCAACCUCCAAGGGAUGGUGGAGGAAAUCAUCCACAACGUUUGCCAGGAUGAGCACAAAAGUAUUCUAAGGGAGCAAACCAGGACACUGAAAGAAAGCGGCUAUCAGGCUCAGUGUGAAGGGCAGGGUUUCUCCAUCCUCAGUCGCUACGUGGAGAUAAACAUGGUCUCAGAUGUCCACUUCAGGAAACAGAGCACGGAGGAACACGAGGCCCUGGCAGCUGCUGGCGAGCUGAACGAGUAUCGCCUGCGCCACAAAACCCAAGCAGAGCUGGAGCGCAUCACCCUAGACCGUCUUUUCCGCUGGUGCUUUCGAUCUCGCCACUUGCCCCAAUCGGUGAUGGUCAGCGGGGUAGCCGGGGUGGGAAAGACCACCCUAGUGCAGAAGUUCGUGUUUGACUGGGCCACGGGGAGACACCACCAGAAAUUUGCUUUUGUUUUUUUCUUCAAGUUCCGUGAGCUCAAUGACUUGGGGCGGACUAGUUUGGAACGGCUAAUCCAACAGGAGUACCCCCAAUUAAGCGACAAGCUGCCGAGGAUUCUACGGGAGCCGAAGAAACUGCUGUUCAUUUUUGACGGCUUGGACGAGAGCAACAGCGACCUGGAUUUGAGCAGGAACAGAUCCCAAGAGCUCUGCUCGCAGGCCGGAGACGUGAAACCGGUCACCAUGAUUGUGGCCAGCUUGCUCAAACACACACUUCUCGAAGGCUGUUCUGUCCUCUUGACCAGCCGGCCCAACAAACUUCUCUAUUUGGAGACCGGAAUCCUCCACAGAGUGGUCAACAUCGUGGGCUUCCUUUCCCGGGAACGAGAAAGAUACUUCCACAACUUCUUUGGAGACGAUGUGGUCGCCAAUAAGGCCUUGGCCUACGUGAGGGACAGCCAAGUUCUCUACACCCUCUGCUACAAUCCCUCUUAUUGCUGGAUUACCUGCACUGCGUUGCAACCUUGCUUUACCUUCAAGACGGGGCGGCCUGAACCCCUCCCAAGAACCAUGACCCAGCUCUUUGUAAGCUAUCUCAAGCACAUGUUGACCUACCACAGUAGGCAGUUCUCUACAUCUCCGGACGUGCGGGAGAUGAUGAUAAAGCUGGGCCAGUUGGCUGAUUAUGGCCUCCACAACCGCACCUUUGUCUUUGACCAAAACUUUUUAGAUGCCUUCAAUGUGGACAGGUCUCCUUUCUUCACAGCCUUCCUGGUGGAGAAUAUCCGGGGCGGAGGCUCAGCCUCUGUAGUCUACUCCUUUGUUCACCUCACAGUUCAAGAGUUUUUUGCCGCCAUUUCCCAUUACUUGAACUUCCAGGAGCAGAAUUUCAACGACGCCAUGUCGGCAGCUCUGAAUAACCACGGUGGGGAGUAUGAAAUUUUUUCUCGUUUCCUCUGUGGCCUCUCUCAUCAUGCAACAAGAGCACCCCUAGAGGCACUACUGGGGAAGUUCUCUGAGGUGACCACUAAGCGUGUCAUUGAAUGGCUCGCCAACACGGACUGGAAAUUUUUCCUGAGCAUGGACGCCGGUGGCAGAAGAAAAGGCACGGAAAAUAAAAGGAAGGCCGUGAAUGUCUUCCAUUUGCUUUUUGAGGCUCACAAUAGCCUUCUCACGCGUCAGGCCUUUGCGGAGACUGCUCACGUGGACUUCUCAGAGCUGUUCCUCAUGCCGGUCGAUUGUAUCAUCCUUGCUUACGUCCUCGGUUGCUGCAGACAGAUUGCGUGUCUAAACCUCGACUCUUGCCUCAUCCAGGUGGAAGGGCUGCACCGGCUCGGCCCUCAGCUGCACAAGAUCAGAGAACUGAGUCUCCGCAACAACGACCUGAAGGAUGCGGCAGUAAAGGAUAUUGUUUGUGCCUUGAAACAUUCGGACUGCAAACUGGAGAUCCUCAGCUUAGCAAAGAACGCCUUUACCGAACCGUGCUGUGAAGACCUGAGUUUAGCUCUGUUAGAAAACCGGACCCUCUGGAGACUUGAUCUGAGCAAAAACAAACUGCAGGACCAGGGCUUGUCCUAUCUGUUGAAGGCAUUCGGAAAUCCAGAGUGCGAAAUAAGGGAGCUGGUGAUCCAGGAAAAUAGUUUGUCAGACGCAUCCUGCGAAAACCUUUGCUCUGCUCUCGCCAGGAACACUAGCCUCCAAAUGUUGAACUUGAAUGGCAAUUACUUCACCGACAGAUGCCAUGAAAAGAUGUGUGAUCUCAUUUUGAAUUCUCCUGCUCUUAAUGAUAUCCGGCUGAGCUUAAACCAGUUCUCGUCAGAAACAGAAGAACAUCUGAAACAGCUGGAAAAUUUCCACCAGAGAAGACAUCCUUCUGCUGCACCAGUCUUGGCCGCUCUGUCUAGCAGCCACUCUGCAGGGUUUCAAGCUGAGGUCUUUCACAUCACCCACUACCUGGUCUUUUGUUGUCUUUCCUUGGUGGAAUUUCUGGUUGUCAUUGAGUUUGCAGAGCGAAGAUAUUUGUUCGCGUUCCUCAGGAACAAGGUGCGAGGAAUGUCUCCCGGAGCCAAACGACAAGAGCCUCCAGUCGGGUCACCGCCCCGCCUGGCUUCCAAGUUCAGCGCCCCGGCUGAGGAGCUGACUCUCUCCUUGCCAGGAGGUCAUGUGAGGCACCUAAUCUGCUUCCCCGCAGCCUGA